CUUUACUACCCUGGGCAUGGGGGAGAACCAGCACACCUUCCCAGAGCACCCCUCCAGAGUCUAACCUGGUGCUUGCCAGCCUGUGCCAGUUUCAGCCUUGGAGCUCACUCAGGAUUAUGGUAGCAAUGAUGCCUGGUGGAUGCUGGCAGAUCUGGAUGUGGAUGGCAGUUUUGGAGGUGCUGUGCCCAGCCUGGGCUCAAGAUGAUGUUCCCCCUUACUUUAAGACAGAACCGGUACGUAGUCAGGUCCACCUGGAAGGGAACCGUCUGGUCCUCACCUGCAUGGCCGAGGGGAGCUGGCCACUGGAAUUCAAAUGGCUGCAUGAUCAGAAGGAACUUACCAAAUUUUCCCUGGAAUACAGAUAUAUGAUUACAUCUUUGGACAGAACUCACGCUGGAUAUUACAGAUGUAUUGUGCGUAAUCGUAUGGGCGCACUGCUGCAAAGACAGACUGAAGUGCAAGUGGCAUACAUGGGAAACUUCGAGGAUGGGGACACCACACAGUCUGUGUCACAUGGGGGCGCUGCCCUAAUCCAAGCCCCCAGCAUUGCCAGCUUCCCCCAGCCGCAGGUGAUGUGGUUCAGGGAUGGGAGGAAAAUCCCUCCCAGCAACCGAAUAGCCAUCACAAAAGACAACACGUUGGUGAUCCUGUCCAGUGUGGCUCCGGACGCUGGCCGUUACUACGUUCAGGCUGUCAACGACAAAAAUGGUGACAACAAGACCAGUCAACCCAUCACCCUGACCGUGGAAAAUGUGGGGGGCCCAGCAGAUCCCAUCGCUCCCACUAUCAUUAUAUCACCGCAGAAUACUAGUGUGGUGGCGGGGACCUCUGAGGUCACUAUGGAGUGUGUGGCCAAUGCCAGACCGCUCAUUAAGUUGAACAUUGUUUGGAAGAAGGAUGGAGCCCUCCUGACCAGUGGCGUGAGUGAAUAUGGACGCCGCCUGACGCUGUUGAGUCCCACCGUGAGUGAUGCUGGGUAUUAUUCUUGUGAAGCUACUCUACGCAGCAGUAGUGUCCCACCAGUCACCGCAGGGGCCUUCCUGAACGUACUUGAGCCCCCGCAGUUUGUGAAGGAGCCAGAUAGACAUGUAACUGCUGAGAUGGAGAAGGUCGUAGAGAUCCCGUGCCAGGCCAGAGGCAUUCCUCAGCCCUCCAUAUCUUGGUAUAAAGACGCUGCUCUAAUCGAUUUCAGUAAAGAUCCCAGGUUCCGGCUAGUGGGCAAAGGGAGCCUGCAGAUCAGUGCGCUGAUACCAGACGACACGGGCAUGUUCCAGUGCUUUGCUCGAAACAGUGCAGGAGAGGUACAGACCUCCACCUACCUGGCUGUAACCAGUAUCGCCCCCAAUAUCACGAAAGGUCCCCUGGACAGCACCGUCAUAGAUGGAACUGCCGUGGUAUUGCAGUGUGAGACGUCAGGCGCCCCUCGUCCAGCCAUAACCUGGCAAAAAGGUGAUCGGAUCUUGGCCAGCGGCUCUCUCCAGAUACCCCGUUUCACCCUCCUGGAGUCUGGAAGCCUGCUGAUUAACCCAGCCCACAUAUCGGACAUAGGCACCUACACGUGUACUGCCACCAAUUCUCGAGGGGCUGACGAUGCCUCCGCUGACAUCAUGGUGUGGGCCCGAACUUGUAUCACCAACCCUCCUACAGACCAGAGCGUCAUUAAAGGAACCAAAGCCUCCUUGUCAUGUGGUGUGUCACAUGACCCCAGCGUGGCCAUCCGGUACUUGUGGGAGAAGGAUGGAGUCCCACUAAACAUAGAUAAUUCUCCAAGGAUUCAACUGGACAAAAAUGGCUCGCUGCAUAUCUCUCAGACAUGGUCUGGCGACAUUGGGACGUACACCUGCCGCAUCUUGUCCAUGGCAGGGAAUGACUCCAGAAGUGCUCACCUGCGGGUCAGGCAGCUCCCACAUGCUCCCGAGAACCCCGUGGCCAUGCUGAGCGUCAUAGAGCAUAGAGCUGUCAAUCUGACGUGGGCCAGACCCUUCGAUGGAAACAGCCCACUGAUUCGGUACAUCCUGGAGGUAUCUGAGAACAAUGUCCCCUGGACCAUCCUUUUUGCCAGUGUCGAUCCAGAUCUCACUUCCAUGGUCGUAAGAAAUCUCACCCCUGCGCGCUCCUACCAGUUCCGUCUCUGCGCAGUGAAUGACGUGGGCAAGGGGCAGUUUAGCAAGGACACUCACCGAGUGUCCCUUCCUGAAGAGCCUCCCACUGCCCCUCCCCAAAAUGUCAUCGCCAGUGGGCGCACUAACCAGUCUAUUUUGAUCCAGUGGCAAGCACCACCUGAAAAUCACCAGAAUGGCAUCUUGAAGGGAUAUGUGAUCAGGUACUGUCUGUCAGGUCUACCUGUAGGUUGCCAAUAUAGAAACCUCUCCAACCACGACGCAAUGAGUGUUCUCCUCGAGGAUCUUAUCAUCUGGACAAAUUACGAGAUAGAGGUGGCUGCGUUUAACAGUGCCGGGCUAGGAGUCUACAGCACCAAAGUUACCGAGUGGACCCUGCAAGGGGUGCCAACCGUGCCCCCUGGUAACGUGAAGGUCGAGGCAGUUAAUUCCACCACACUUCGUUUCACUUGGAGCCCACCAAGCCCUCAGUUUGUUAAUGGGAUUAACCAGGGUUACAAGCUAAUUACAUGGGAUCCAGCACAGGAAGAUGAUAUCACAGUAGUCGUAGUGCGACCUAACUUCCAAGACAGCAUCCACGUGGGAUUCAUCACUGGCCUCAAGAAGUUUUCCAGUUACAUGGCAUCAGUCCUGUGUUUCACCUCUCCAGGGGACGGACCAAGCAGUCCCCCUCAACUAGUCUGGACGCAGGAGGAUGUUCCUGGUCCAGUUGGCCAUCUGAGCUUCGAUGACAUCUUGGACACUUCUUUGAGGGUGACAUGGCAGGAGCCCACAGAGAAGAAUGGCUUACUGACAGGAUACAAAAUCUCCUGGGAAGAGUUUAACCAAACCAACACUAGGGUCACGCAUUACCUACCCAAUGUCACCCUGGAGUAUCGAGUGACCGGCCUCACUUCACUUACCACUUACACCAUCCAGGUUGCUGGAAUGACUUCUAAAGGCCAAGGUGUUGUGUCGUCAUCCACCAUCUCUUCGGGAGUCCCUCCAGAGCUCCCUGGAGCCCCAACUGUGUUGGGGAUUGGUAACAUUGGCCCUCGUUCUGUCACGCUACAGUUCCGACCAGGGUAUGAUGGAAAGACCUCAAUAUCCAGGUGGCAGGUGGAAGCUCAGAUAGGUACGGUGGGGGAGACGGAAGAUUGGGUUCUCAUACAUCAGUUGGCAAAUGAACCUAACGCCAGAUCCUUAGUGGUGCCAGGACUGAACCCAUACACGCAUUACAGCUUCCGUAUGAGACAGGUGAACAUUGUGGGCACAAGUCCCCCAAGUACGCCCUCCAGAAAACUCCAGACGUUGCAAGCAGCUCCAGACAUGUUCCCAGCCAAUGUGACGCUACGGACUGCUAGUCAGACCAGCUUGUGGGUUCGCUGGGUGCCUCUACUGGAAACUGCUUACAACGGCAACCCCGAAUCCGUGGGAUAUAAAAUCCGGUAUAUGCGGUCUGAUGGCAAAGGGAAAGCUUUCACACAUGUAAUCCAUGAUCGAAUUGAGAGGGAAUACACCAUUGAAGACCUGGAGGAAUGGAUGGAAUACAGGGUGCAGAUACAGGCCUUUAACACUAUCGGAGCUGGGCCUUGGAGUCCUAUCGCUCUGGCAAGGACGCGAGAAUCAGUCCCUUCCUCUGGUCCAACCAAUGUCUCUGCUCUGGCCACAACUUCAAGCAGCAUCUUGGUGCGCUGGAGUGAGAUCCCAGAGGCGGAACGCAAUGGCCUCAUCCUCGGAUACAAGGUCCUGUACAAGGAGAAGGACUCGGACAGUCCCACUCAGUUUUGGCUGGUGGAGGGUAACUCCUCCCGUAGCGUCCUGCUUUCUGGCCUGGGGAAGUAUGUUCUUUACCAGAUCCAAGUCCUGGCGUUUACCAGAAUCGGUGACGGAGCUGCCAGCUCCCCUGCUAUCUUUGAGAGGACAUUAGAUGAUGUUCCAGGUCCUCCUGUUGGAAUUUUUUUUCCAGAGGUUAGAAACAGUUCUGUCCGCCUUAUCUGGCAGCCGCCCGCAUUGCCCAACGGGAUAAUUUUAGCGUAUCAGAUCACUCACCGCCUCAACACAACUAAUGCUAAUACAGCCACAGUGGAGGUGCUGAACCCCAGCGUCCGGCAGUACUCCGCCACCGGGCUGAAAGCAGAGUCAGUCUAUCUCUUCCGCAUCACGGCGCAAACUCGCAAGGGGUGGGGAGAAGCUGCGGAGGCUUUGGUGGUGACCACAGAGAAGAGAGACCGCCCUCAGCCCCCUGGAAAGCCCCUCGUUCGACAGGAAGAUGUAAAAUCCAGAAGCGUGCUGUUGUCAUGGGAACCAGGAAGCGAUGGCCUCUCUCCUAUACGUUACUUCACCAUCCAGACCCGGGAGCUUCCCAGCGGGCCCUGGACGGUGCAUUCUGCCUCCGUCAGUCACAACGCCACCUCCACUGUUGUUAACCGAUUGAAACCGUUCACUUCCUAUAAAUUCCGCGUUAAAGCGACCAAUGACAUAGGGGACAGUAAAUACAGCGAGGAAUCAGAGUCCCUGACUACGCUGCAGGCUGCACCUGACGAAGCUCCGUUAAUUCUUUCUGUCACACCUCACACCACAACCUCCAUUCUAAUUCGCUGGCAGGCCCCAGCAGAGGACAAGAUUAACGGGCUCCUGCUAGGGUUCCGGAUCCGGUACCGUGAACUUGCAUAUGAUGGUCCAAGAAGUUUCACUGAACGGACCAUCAACAACCCCAGCGUGAAGUGGGCAGAGUUAAAUGCGGCCUACAUGAUCCGGAACCUCAGUGAGCCGUCUCUCAGCCAGUACGAGCUGGACAAUCUGAGCAAACACAAGCGCUACGAGAUUCGUGUGAGCGUGUACAACACGGCCGGGGAAGGACCGACCAGCAUCCCCCAGGAGGUGUUUGUAGGAGAGGCAGUGCCCUCAGCUCCACCACAAAACGUGGCUGUCCAGAGUGCCACAGCUGUGCAGCUUGAUCUAACGUGGGAUCCUCCUCCUCUAGAGACACAAAAUGGAGACAUCCAAGGAUACAAGAUAUUCUUCUGGGAAGCGAUGCGGAAGAACGAGACGGAAAAGGUGAGAACACUGUUCCUACCAGAAAGUGGAGUCAAACUGAAGAACCUGACUGGAUAUACCACGUACCUGAUUAGCGUGGUGGCUUUUAACGCCGCAGGUGACGGACCCAGGAGCCAGCCAGUCCGUGUUCAGACUCAGCAAGCCGCCCCAAGUGCUCCAGCCGCAAUCCGGUUUAGUGAGUUAACCACCACCUCUGUCAAUGUCUCCUGGGAUGUACCCGUCUACCCCAAUGGUAUUCUGGAGGGGUAUCGGCUGGUGUACGAGCCCUGCUCCCCAGUAGAUGGGGUGAGCAAGAUUGUGACAGUGGACGUGAAGGGAAACAGUCCCCUGUGGAUGAAGCUGAAAGAUUUGGCUGAAGGAGUGACUUACCGGUUCCGGAUCCGGGCCAAAACCUUUACUUAUGGACCAGACCUUGAAGCGAACGUGACGACUGGUCCUGGAGAAGGUGCCCCAGGUCCACCAGGAGAGCCUUUUAUAUCCAGAUACAGCUCAGCAAUCACCAUCCACUGGUCGAGUGGAGAUCCAGGGAAGAGUCCAAUCACCAGAUACAUCAUCGAGGCAAGGCCUUCAGAUGAAGGCCUGUGGGACAUUCUAAUCAAAGAUAUCCCUAAAGAGGCGACAUCGUAUACCUUCAGCAUAGACAUCCUGAAGCAGGGACUGAACUACGACUUCCGAGUGAUCGCUGUAAAUGAUUACGGAUACGGGACUCCCAGCGCACCCACCACAUCCGUCUCAGCACAGAAAGCGAAUCCGUUCUAUGAAGAGUGGUGGUUCCUCGUGGUUAUUGCGCUCAUUGGGCUCAUCUUCAUUCUGCUCCUGGUAUUUGCCUUAAUUAUCCGCGGACAGAGCAAGAAGUACGCCAAAAAAUCUGACUCCGGCUGUAAUCCCAAGACCAGCACGUUAGGACACGGAGAGAUGGUCAGUCUGGAUGAAAGCAGAUUUCCUGCUCUAGAACUGAACAACCGUAGGCUUUCGGUAAAGAAUUCCUUCUGCAGGAAGAAUGGCAUCUACACAAGCAUUAACCAGCUUUGCCGGGAAGUUGUACCACGAAGCAAGCAGAGUUUAAUGAAGGUCGACCUGUCUAACGUUCGCGGGUGUUCUUCUUCCAGAUCUCCCCCUCGCCCCAGUCCGGGGAGCCUGCAUUAUUCAGACGAGGAUGUAGCCAAAUACAAUGAUCUCAUUCCCACCGAGAGCGGGAGUAUGACCGAAAAGCCCUCCGAAGUAUCGGAUUCACAGGGAAGUGACAGCGAAUACGAAGUGGAUCAAAACCAACAGAAAACCCAUUCAUUUGUCAACCAUUACAUCAGUGACCCCACGUACUACAAUUCAUGGCGACGCCAGCAGAAAGGAAUCUCUCGGGCUCACGCCUACAAUUACAGCGAGACGGAACCAGAGGACGGCGAACAUUGUAUUAUCCCCAACAACAGCCAGCAUGGCAGCCUGUACAGGCCCAAACCGAGCCGGACUCCCACACCGCAGCAGCCCCCCAGCCUUCCAACCCAGCAGAACCCUAUAUACCGCCCACCGAGCAGCCUCGCACCCACUUCACGCGCUCCAAUUGCUGGAUUUUCCUCUUUUGUUUGAUGACGAACAUCACUUUAUCACUGUUUGGAUCUGAAGAAAAUAACUUAAAAGAAGCAGAUAUAUAAAGAGUAUGUGUGUGUGUGUAUACAUACAUAAAUAUAUAUAUAUAUAAAUAUACAAAGCAAGAAAUGACAGAAUACUGUGUCGGAGACAAUCAGUUGUGGCUUGGGAUGUUUUUAGCUGCUUCAGUUCCAUGUAAUAUUCCAAAGGUUUGGUUGGUUUCUCGUCAAAACUGAACAAAAUUGUAACUGAGAAAAAAAAGUUCAGAAAAUGGUCUUUAAAGAAGAUGGCUGCCAUGAAAGCAAAAUGGCUGCCAACGGCUGGUACUCUGUGAAUUGCACAGUUUCUAUGAGAGGAUUUUGAGGGGGGAGGGAUGAAGAGUUGCUAUUCUAGGCAAGUUGGCAGAACAUGUGCAACCUCCAUUUUGAAAUAAAGAUGGAUGCCACGUGACGAGCCACAGGAUAAAACUUCUGUCAGAGGACGACACUGGACGGCACUCUACUCAUAAACUCAAUGGCGAAGUAUAUGGAAGCCCUGAAGGUCCAUGAAAAUGGAGACUAGGCCAAAAUAUUAAUAGACCCCAUAAAUUGCUAUUUCUAAAUUUAAGUAAAGGGCGGCCUCCACCGCGCUGAGUCUGAAGUCUGUACGGCAGCCGUGGAGGUCCUCAUUAAACCUCCCUGUGCCAAACAGGUCAACACACAGGUAGACCACCCAAUCCAUGAAUUAACGUGCUGAGCGUCUACAGGGAGUUAUGAUAACAGAAGAUGGCUUUAAUUCAUGCUACCAGCUAGAUUGCACCGAGGUCCAAGUCAAAGCCUCACAUGGAGGUCUGGCUCC